AAAGUUGGGAACAACCCCCUAUUUAGUGUCAGGUUGUGCUGAGAAACCUCCCAUUCUCUCCUAGGCUUUCCCUCAGUGCUGGAGCAGCGAGUCUGACUGCAGGACAUCGGCUUUACAUCUCUGAGACCCGCGCAGUUUUACAGAUUAAGUAAUGAGCUGCUGACUGUGUGUGUGUAAACAUGAAGAUCAGGUUGUCUUUGGCCGCUGCUGCGCUCUUGACUCUAGUACUCAGUUCAGUAGAGGCUCAAGUGGAGCCUCCGUCAGACUUAAAAUUUAAAAUCCUGAAUGAAAACACAGUGCAAAUGUCAUGGAGGAAGCCCUCGUCUCAGAUACAGGGCUACAGAAUACAGGUCACGUCAGAUACAGAUGAUUCUAAAGAAUUGAGUCUUCCUGCCUCGUCCACAAGCACAUCAAUUACAGAUCUAACUCCAGAUGUAGACUAUUCAGUGUCAAUCAAUUCAUAUGAUGGUGCUGAAGAAAGUAUCCCUAUCCUUGGACAAAUCACAAUUCAAUCCAGCAACACAAGUGGACCAAGGAGGCCACAGUCAGAGGCUGUCAAGUGUUCAGUGAGUGCCGUUGCGGAUCUGGUUUUCCUGGUGGACGGCUCUUGGAGUGUGGGAAGAGAAAACUUUAGAUUUAUCCGGAGUUUCAUUGGGGCCAUGGCCGGGGCCUUCGACAUUGAAGAGGAUAAGACCAGAGUGGCUGUGGUUCAGUACAGCUCGGACACCAGGACAGAGUUCAGUCUAAACACACAUUUCAGACGACCCGAUGUCCUGCGAGCCAUUAAAAAUCUGCCGUACAAGGGUGGAAAUACCAUGACGGGUGAUGCAAUGGACUAUCUGGUGAAAAACACGUUCACUCAGGCGGCUGGAGCCAGGAAAGGCUUCCCAAAAGUGGCCAUGAUCAUCACAGAUGGAAAAUCUCAAGACCCCGUAGAGGAGUACGCCGAACGGUUGAGGAACAUCGGAGUGGAGAUCUUUGUGCUGGGUAUCAAAGGAGCAGAUGAGGACGAGCUGAAGGAGAUCGCCUCCAGACCCCAUAGCAAGCAUGUCUAUAACGUCCCCAACUUCGACAUGAUCAAUCAGGUCCAGAAGGCGCUCAUCACUGAAGUUUGCUCUGGCGUGGAGGAGCAGCUAAAUUCCCUUGUAAGCGGGGAGGAAGUUGUCGAACCAGCUUCCAACCUCAGAGUGACAGAUAUCUCCUCCAAAUCCAUGAGAAUUGCGUGGGAUUCAUCUCCUGGUGAUAUCACAGGCUAUAAGCUGCAGGUUUUUCCCACUAUUGCGAGCGCCAAAAAGCAGGAGCUCUACACUGGGCCCACGAUGACCUUGGCCAAUGUCAGAGACCUGACGCCUGAGAUGGAGUAUGAGAUCAGUCUGUUUGCUCUCAAAGGUCUGACUCCUAGUGUGCCGCAAGUUGUCACUGAGAAAACUCAGCCAGUGAAAGUAUUUACAGAGUGUUCCCUAGAGGUGGAUGUCCAAGCUGACAUUGUCCUCCUGGUGGAUGGGUCAUAUAGUAUAGGACUGCCUAACUUUGCGAAGGUUAGAGCUUUCCUCGAAGUACUUGUGAAUUCUUUUGACAUCGGACCUAACAAAGUGCAGAUCAGCUUGGUUCAGUACAGCAGGGAUCCUCACACUGAGUUCGCCUUGAAUAAAUUCGAUGACAAUGCAGCCAUGGUCAAGGCGGUCCGCACCUUCCCCUACCGAGGUGGAUCCACCAACACCGGCAAGGCCAUGACAUAUGUGAGGGAAAAGAUCUUUGUUUCGGGCCGUGGCGCUCGUGAUAACGUCCCCCGAGUCAUGGUGCUUAUCACAGACGGCAAGUCCUCAGAUUCUUUCAAAGACCCCGCCAACAAACUGAGGGAUACAGAUGUGGAGAUUUUUGCAGUGGGAGUAAAAGAUGCCGUACGAUCUGAGCUGGAGGCUAUCGCCAAUGUUCCUGCUGAUAACCAUGUGUUUGAGGUGGAGGACUUUGAUGCUUUCGAGCGGAUCUCCAAGGAGCUGACCGCGUCCAUCUGCCUCAGAAUUGAGCAGGAGCUCCAUAACAUCAGGAAAAGAAGUUUGCUUCCCCCAAAGUCACUGAGCUUCUCUGAGGUGACCUCCAGGAGUUUCAGGACCUCAUGGGUUUCUGAUGGAGAGGAUAUCCUGUCUUUUCUGGUGCGCUUCAGGCCAGCGGCGGACCUAACUGGAGACUACAUCUCUCUGGUGGUUCCCCAUGACAUCACCAGUACAAUUCUGCCCAAUCUCACGCCACUCACCACCUACGAAGUUAACGUCAUUGCUCAGUAUGAUAAAGGAGACAGCUUUCCUUUGACGGGCGAGGAGACCACUUUAGAAGAGUUGGGUUCUGUUCGUAACCUGAUGGUGAGCGAGGAGGCUGUGGACCGCUUUCGGGUGUCGUGGAGAGCUGCUCCAGGAUUAGUGCUGAGGUACAGACUGCUCUACGAGCCUGUGAGCGGAGGGGAUAAACUGGAAGCAGAGACUGAUGGGAAUCAGGUCACCACUGUGCUCAAUGAACUACUACCGGUCACUACUUACCGGGUCACCGUUUACCCUGAGUACGCAAGUGGAAGGGGUCCCUCCAUGGACACUGAAGGCACCACCAAAGAAGUUCGAGGUUCUCCACGCGACUUAAGGGUCUUCAAUGAGACGGUGUCUAGCAUGAGGGUCUCGUGGCGGGCUGCCCCAGGCAACGUGCUUCAAUAUCAGGUGGCCUACAAACCUGACGGUGGGGAGAGGAAAGAAAUAAGUGUUAAAGGAGAGACAACAACUGCUGUGCUGAAAAAUCUGCUGCCGGACACGGAGUAUGAGCUGUUUGUUAGCGCACGUUACGUCUCUGGACUUGGCGCACCACUUAUGGGAACAGGCACCACGCUGGAAGAACUUGGUUCACCUUCGAAUCUGGUAACUUCAGACGUCACUGAGAACAGUUUUGUAGCAUCCUGGACCGCCGCCCCUGGAAACGUCCGUCUUUAUCGGGUCACCUGGAAAUCCCUCUUUUCAGAGGAAGCUGGCGAGAAGACUGUCCCCGGGGACGUAACCACCACUGUUCUGGACGGGCUGACACCAGAGACCCGCUACAAGGUUUCUGUCUACGCUGUCUACAGCCGUGCGGAGGGGGCGCCACUGCACGGAGAGGAGACCACAGAUGUGUCGGCCGCUACCAGAGCUCUUACGGUGUCAGAAGAAACAGAGAGGACCAUGAAGGUGACAUGGAUACCAGCACCUGGCAAUGUUGUCAAUUACAGGGUAUCAUACAAACCUCAGGGUGAUUUACGCCAAAUGGCCUCCAAAGCACCAGGAGGCACCAAUUCUAUAGUCCUGAGACGCCUGAUCCCCCAGACCACUUACGAUAUCACAGUGGUUCCCGUCUACAAGUUUGGGGAUGGAAGACAAAGGCAAGGAGAAGGAACUACAUUGUCUCAAUAUAAAGCUCCCAGAAACUUGCAAACUUCGGAGCCCACUAAAACCAGUUUCAGGGUGACCUGGGAUCAUGCUCCUGGAGAUGUAAAAGGCUACAAGGUCACUUUCCAUCCCACCGGAAAGGAAGUGGACCUGGGAGAGUUACUCGUAGGCCCCUAUGACAACACUGUGGUUCUGGAGGAACUAAGGGCCGGCACUAAGUAUACGGUAAAUGUGUUUGGUAUGUUUGAUGGAGGAGAGAGUAUGCCAUUGGCUGGAGAGGAGAAGACCACCCUCUCUGACGCAGCUUCUGAAAACCUCCCUUAUACACCUUCAGAUGCCCAGUGUAAAACCACGGCCCAAGCGGAUAUCGUCCUGCUUGUUGAUGGAUCUUGGAGCAUUGGUCGCCUGAACUUCAAGACCAUACGCAAUUUCAUUGCUCGCAUGGUGGGAGUCUUCGACAUCGGCCCCGAUCGUGUCCAGAUUGGUCUGGCACAGUACAGCGGAGACCCGAAGACUGAGUGGCAUCUCAAUGCUCACAGAACCAGGACUCAGCUGCUGGAUGCGGUGGCCAAUCUACCCUACAAAGGAGGAAACACUCUCACCGGCCUUGCUUUGAAUUACAUCCUUCAGAAUAACUUCAAGCCUAACGUUGGCAUGCGUCCAAACUCCAGAAAGAUCGGCGUCCUGGUCACUGAUGGCAAGUCCCAAGACGACAUUGUGGCGAACUCACAGAACCUGCGGGACCAAGGGAUUGAACUGUACGCCAUUGGUGUAAAGAACGCAGAUGAGAAUGAGUUGAGAACCAUUGCUUCCGAUCCCGAUGACAUUCACAUGUACAACGUGGCUGAUUUCUCCUUCCUGCUGGACAUUGUGGAUGACCUCACAAACAACCUGUGCAACAGCGUCAAAGGUCCAGGAGGAGGACCAGAGCCACCCACUGAUCUGACCACCUCAGAGGUCACACAUUACUCUUUCCGUGCCACUUGGGUGGCUCCUGACGGGCCUGUGGAGAAGUACAGAGUGGAGUAUGUGAGCACCGCUGGAGGAGAACCACAGCAACAGAUGUUUGUGGACGGGACGGUGACCACUGUGGUUUUGGAAGGUCUCACUCCGCUGACCGAGUACAUAGUAAAGGUUUACUCAGUGGUGGGAGAGGACAGCAGCGACCCACUCAGAGGCAUAGAGACCACAUUGCCUCUCAGUGCUGUGAGGAGCAUGAACAUCUACAAAGAGCGCUCCACCACCAUGAAUGUGAGAUGGGACGCAGCCACAGGGGCCACAGGCUACAUGCUUCUCUACAAGGCCCUUAACGCCACUGAACCCUCUGUGGAGCAGGAGAUGCGAGUGAAAGGAAUGGUCACUGACGUCCAGCUGAAGAAACUUCUCCCCAACACGGCCUACAGUGUUUCGCUCUUCGCCCUGCACGGCGAUUACGCCAGUGAACCUCUGAUUGAUCAAGGGGUGACCCUGCCUCUUCCUCCAUCCGGUGAGUUGAGGAUUACCGAUGUGACCCACAGCACCAUGCAGCUGGACUGGGACGCUGCGCCCGGCGCCGUCCGAAAGUACAUCAUCACUUACAAGCCAGAGGAGGGAGAGGCGAAGGAGCUUGAAGUUGACGGAGAUGUAACAUCUAGAGGCCUGGAUAAUCUCAUCUCCCAGACUGAAUAUGAUGUGGCUGUGACUCCGGUUUAUGAUUCGGGCACUGGAAACCCCAUGCUUAACCAGGCCAUUACAGAUGUGGUUCCUGCCCCGCAGAACUUGAGGUUCUCGAUGGUGACCCAGACCAGUUUUAGGGUUCACUGGGAGCACGGCGCUCCUGAUGUCUCCCUCUACCGUAUUGGCUGGAAAAAGAAAGGAACGACCGAGUUUCAAAAUGAUAUCCUGAGUAGUGAAGACACUACAUAUGAUCUGGUGGACCUGGAGCCAGACACACCUUAUGAUGUUUCGGUCACUGCCAUUUACCCUGAUGAGUCUGAGAGCGAGGAUCUGCUGGGCACUGAACGCACUUUGGCCAAGCUUGCUACACCACCUCCCAGUGGUCCUCCUCAAAACCUCCAGGUGUUCGACGAGACCACCACCUCCCUCACGACUAAGUGGGACCACGCGCCUGGACGAGUUCAGAACUACAAAAUCACCUACGUACCGCUUACUGGAGGACGAUCACAGUCGACGCAGGUCGGAGGAAAGAAAAACACAGUGAUCCUGCAGAAACUGACUCCAGACACUCCUUACUCCAUCACUGUUGCUGCGGUCUACGCCAGCGGAGAGGCCAGAGACAUUUCUGGCCAAGGAAAGACAUUGCCGCUGGGCAGUGUCAGGAAUCUUCAGGUCACUGACCCCACAGUUAGCACUCUGAAUGUGCGCUGGGAGCCGGCGGAGGGAAGCGUUCGCCAGUACAGGAUCUACUACCAGCCCGUCGCAGGGGGCGCAGAGGACAUGGUCCAGGUUCCUGGAAGCACCACCAGCACCGUUCUGAAGAACCUGCAAUCUGACACUCAGUACAGAGUGACGGUGGUGCCAGUCUACGCUCCUGGAGAGGGCAAGCGCAUGUCGGAGACCGGAAAAACACUGGUUCGGACCCCUGCCAAGAACAUCCAGGUUUACAACCCCACCACAAACACCCUGAACGUGCGCUGGGAGCCGGCCUCAGGACAGGUGCAGCAGUACCGCGUGGCUUACGCCCCUCUCUCCGGGAUCCGACCCUCUCAGUCGGUGCUGGUUCCAGGAAACACCCACACGGCUCUGCUGCAGCAGCUGGAAUCAGACACUGACUACUCUGUGAGUGUGGUGGCUCUGUAUGCUGAUGGAGAGGGCUCGUCUGUGUCUGAUAAUGGCAAAACACUGCCCCGCAGUGGCCCCAGGAACCUGCGGGUUUAUGAUCCCACCACCAGCACGCUGUCGGUGGGCUGGGAACAUGCAGAAGGGCCUGUGAUUCAGUACCGCAUUGGCUACGCACCCACCACUGGAGAUCCCAUUGAAGAAUUUACAACUGUCCCAGGCAACCGUAACUCGGUCAUCCUGCAAAACCUGCAGCCAGACACGCCGUACAACAUCAACGUAGAAGCCAUUUAUCAAGAUGGCCCUGGAGGACGACUCAGUGGAGAUGGAAAAACAUUGGAUCUCCUUGGGCCUCGUAACCUGCGUGUUUCAGACGAGUGGUACACACGUUUCCGAGUGUCCUGGGAUCCUGCAGCCGCACGGGUGAAUGGAUAUAAACUGGUCUAUACACCAGUGGGCACAACCGACACCAUGGAAGCCUUCGUUGGAGACGUGACUUCACACCACCUGAACAACCUCCAGCCUGGCACCACAUACGACCUGAAGGUUUACGCUCAGUAUGAUGCGGGCUUGAGCGGCGCUCUGGUCGGACAGGGAACCACCCUGUAUCUCAACGUGACCGACCUCACUUCCUACAACGUGGGCUACGACUCUUUCUGCAUCAGAUGGACUCCUCAUCGAGCUGCCACCUCCUACAGACUCAAAGUCAACCCUUUCAACCCAUCUCACCGUGGAGCUCAGGAGGUCACGAUCACUGCGGCUGAGAGCCAGUACUGUUUUGACGGCCUGACGCCAGACGCGCUAUACAACGCCACCGUCUACACGCAGACCCCCAACCGAGAGGGGCCCGGAGUCAGUGUCAAAGAGCGCACACUGGUGAAGCCCACCGUCGCCCCAACACUACCUCCAACUCCUCCACCUCCAGCCACCAUUCCUUCUGCACUCGAGGUGUGCAAAGGUGCCAAGGCUGACCUGGUGUUCCUGAUCGAUGGCUCGUGGAGUAUCGGAGAUGACAGCUUCGCUAAAGUCCGGCAGUUUGUGUUCAGCAUGAUUGGGGCGUUUGAUGUGGUCAGCCAUGAGGGCAUGCAGGUGUCUUUCGUGCAGUACAGCGACGACGCCAAAACUGAGUUCAAGCUCAACACCUACCACGACAAGGGAAUGGUGCUGUCUGCUCUUCAGAUGGUCAAUUAUAGAGGAGGAAACACCAAAACAGGUGCUGCACUGAAGCAUGUUGGAGAAAAAGUGUUCACCUCGGACAAUGGCAUGAGGAGAACCGUUCCCAAGGUACUGGUUGUGGUGACCGAUGGACGUUCUCAAGAUGACGUGAAGAAGAGCGCUGCUAAACUACAGCAUGCAGGUUACAGUGUGUUUGUGGUGGGUGUCGCUGACAUUGACGUUAAUGAACUGAGGAACAUUGGAAGCAAGCCCAGUGACAGACACGUCUUUAUCGUCGACAACUUCGAUGCUUUCGCCAAGAUCCAAGACAACCUGAUCACGUUCAUCUGUGAAACGGCAACGUCCACAUGCCCUUUGAUUUACCUCAAUGGAUUCACAUCACCAGGCUUCAGGAUGCUGGAAGCUUUCAACAUCACUGACAAGACCUACGCAGGCAUGAACGGCGUCUCUCUGGAAACCGGCUCCUUCAACAGCUUCAUCGCAUACAGACUCCAUAAGGACGCCUUCAUUUCCCAGCCAACAAAGGAAAUCCAUCCAGAUGGUCUUCCUCCAUCCUACACCCUCAUCCUCCUCUUCCGUCUGCUCCCGGACACCGGCAAGGAUGCGUUUGAUUUAUGGCAGAUCUCAGAUAAGAACAAUAACCCUGAGGUCGGGCUCACCAUUGACCCCUCCAGCAGAGUGAUCUCCUUCUACAAUAAAGACACUAGAGGGGAAAUUCAGAAAGUCUCCUUUGAUAACGACCACGUGAAGAAGAUUUUCCACGGCAGUUUCCACAAGCUUCACAUUUCUAUUUCGCCGAAAAAUGUCAAACUCAACAUCGACUGCCAAGAGGUGGCUGAGAAACAGAUCAAAGCAGCCAACAACGUCUCCACAGAUGGCUACGAAGUCCUUGGAAAAAUGACAAAGUCUGGCGGUUCAAAGAAGCAGUCGGCCACAUUCCAGCUCCAGAUGUUUGAUAUUGUCUGCAGUUUGGGCUGGACAAGUCGAGACAAAUGUUGUGAUAUUCCAGCAAUGCGAGAUGAAGCCAAGUGUCCUGCUCUUCCUCACUCCUGCACAUGUGCUCAGGACAGUGUUGGUCCUCCAGGCCCAGCGGGUCCUCAAGGCAGUCCUGGUACAAAAGGCCCACGAGGCGAGAGAGGAGAGUCUGGUCCUACGGGUCCAAUGGGUCCACGUGGAGAGCAGGGUCUGCCAGGGCAGAUGGGGCCACCGGGUCCACAGGGCCCCAAUGGACUAUCCCUUCCCGGAGAACCAGGGCGACCGGGACCUAAGGGAGACCCCGGUGACUCAGGUUUACCUGGACAGAGAGGCCCGGUUGGCGCUGCAGGUCCACUCGGCCCUGUUGGACCCGCUGGAGCAAGAGGUCCACCAGGAAGUGAAGGCCCAUCUGGACCAAGAGGUCCAUCGGGACCAAUGGGACCACCGGGAGCUCCCGGAAUGCCAGGAAUCACCGGAAAACCAGGAAAACCCGGAGACACUGGCUUUCCUGGACCUGUUGGCAUGAAAGGAGAGAAGGGUGAAAGAGGAGACACUGCGUCACAGAAUAUGAUGCGCUCUGUAGCGAGACAAGUCUGCGAACAGCUAGUCAGCAGACAAAUGAGCAGAAUUGAUAUGAUGAUGAACCAGAUCCCCAGCAACUACAGGAGUAACAGCCCCGGCCCCGCUGGACCUCCAGGCCCACCUGGAAACCAGGGACCCCAUGGAGAGCCUGGUCAGCCCGGACCCAAUGGCUUCCCAGGAAAUCCAGGUUUACCAGGCUCUCCUGGAGAAAGAGGAGUGCCUGGAGAGAAGGGUGAACGAGGCAGCCCCGGCAUUGGCACUCGAGGACAGAGAGGAUUACCUGGACCUCCUGGGCCACCAGGGCAGUCUCAGACCGGUCCCCCUGGUCCCUCAGGCUCACCCGGGCCCCGAGGACCACCAGGACAACAUGGUUCUUCUGGAGUCACAGGACCACCAGGACCUCCAGGAUACUGUGACUCCUCUCAGUGCGGCAUGCCUUACAACGGACAAGGCUACCCAGGUUUUGCGUAGUAUGCUAUCUAGACUGCCUGAUCCUUUACACAUCCCGAGAUUAGCACUCACUCUUGAGCUAAUAAGGAUAACCACCAUGGAUAUGAUUGCUGCACAUUUGCUGACCAACUCUUUAAAAAUCGAUCAAUCAAACCAAAGGACUGGACUGCCACUAACACCAGCUGAGCGCUUCUAUAUCAUACUGGAGCCAGUGAUGGUUGCAUCUAGAUGAGCGAGAGAGCUGAGGACGCAUGUCAAACUACUAACAGCGGUAGAUGGUGACAUGACUGUACACAAAACUAAUCGUGCCUUGUAAAUGUUCUGGAUGACCCAGUGGGCUACAGUUAACGGCAGUCGUCACGCUUGUGCCUGAUAACUUGCUUCUCGCUGACGUUUCACGUUUAUUCGUGGUUUCGGUUUAUAUGUAUAGGCAACGCUCAGGUUCAAAACGCAGUGUGUGCCAUUAGUAUAGUCAACCAUGAAUUCUUAUAUAUUUUUUUGAUUUAUAUAUGUGUAUAAUACCUCACAAAGAUCCAAUUUGUUUGUUUAUUUUAACGCGAGUGUGUUAGAUUAGUAAUAGUUUAUUGACAAAUCCAACGCAAAGUUGUUGACAACUUCCGUAUGGGUUUUGUGUUUGGUUAAUAUAGAUGUUCUGUAUUACUUUUUCGAUAAUUAACGCUAAAAAUGAAAAUGAUUUGUUAAAAUGACGCACAUGCUCAGCUGGCCAAAUAAUAUUUCCAAGCAGGCCCCUACCAGCCCGGGUCUGAAACCUACGUAGUGCCCAUACCAGCCGCGCCAUCGGAAGAUAUCGAGACACAGUCGCCAGGAUUGCGCUACCAGCGCGGAAAAAGGUCGCUAUCAAGAAAGGAAGCCGAAAGAAUCAAAACAUAAACGUGGAAGUGUGUCCGUCAAAAACUGCAAGCCUCCUUCGUUUUGGUCGAUUGAGGAGGCUGUCGUACCAAACCUGUGUGUUCGCUGAUGUUUGCUUGUAACAUAACUGCAUUUUUUGUAUUUGUAAGAAUCUCAUGUUCAGUACUAGGUCCUAUAAACACUCAUGAACUGAUUCCUUGCACAUAUGAAAGUUUGCAAACGUGCUUCUCUCUUUCUCGAGGAAAGCGGCUAAAUCGGUUCGACUUCCCUUUAUUCUCCCUUUAGACCUGGCUUUUGUUAUUCUAAACCCUAUAUUUACCUGUCGUAUACCAGCUCACACCAAAAAAAAAAGAGGAAUUGCAUGCCUGUGUUGUAUAUUUAGUAAGGACGUUUACCAUCAGAAUAUAGUUGUUCGUUUCAGUGAUAUCCCUUGAAAUGCAGUUGGAAUUCGUUGCAAGUCCUUCGACAUAGAAGAUCUUUUUUUGUUUCCAUGUCUGAAUUGCACAGUGUGAAUUCCACAGCCUUAUUUUCUUAUUUAUUUCUGAAUCAGAAGAGGCAUUUUUCAAUAAAACUACUGAAAAUGUUGAA